UGUCGCUUGUUGCCACGCCAGACUCAGUCUCCAGGCGGUGUGUGGCACAGUUUACCGCUGACCUGCUCCUCUUUCUACUUUUAAAAACGGAUUUCAAGCGUUUGUGCUGAUAUAGCCUCAGUAAAGCUCGUUAACUCACCCGGACCGGUAAUCUCAUAAAUUCACUUGUAUGGUCAGUAAGUAAUGUUGAUAUCCUCCGACCACCUCAGGAUGCUGACAGUCACUUGGGUGGGGCUGACGCCGAUGACAGUACAGGGGAGCAGAGCCCAAGGUUAAAGACAGACCGCAUAUUGUAUCUCACCCUGCGCGGUUGGUCGGUGAAGUAAUGACCAAGCAGGAGUCGAAGAAAGGCGGCGCCGCCGAGCAGGUCAACAACGGCCUGGUGGAGCCGCGCUGUCCGGAGCAGAGCGCACCGAUCAAAGCCAAGGUGAUGAAGCAGACAUCCAGGGAGAGCCUGCACCGGCGAAACACCGAGUCCGAAGUCUACGACGACGGGACCAACACCUUUUUCUGGCGAGCUCAUACUGUGACAGUUCUCUUCAUUCUGACCUGUGCACUGGUCUACGUCACACUGUUGGAAGAAACCCCACAGGACACGGCCUACAAUACUAAGAGGGGGAUUGUGGCCAGUAUCCUGGUGUUCCUCUGUUUUGGAGUGACACAAGCCAAAGAUGGACCCUUCACAAGACCACAUCCAGCUUACUGGCGGUUCUGGCUUUGUGUCACUGUCGUCUACGAGCUGUUCCUCAUCUUUAUCCUGUUCCAGACGGUGCACGAUGGGCGGCAGUUCAUGAAGUACAUUGACCCUAAGCUUGGGGUUCCCCUCCCUGAGCGUGACUAUGGAGGAAACUGCCUCAUGUACGACCCAGGCAACACCACCGACCCCUUUCACAACAUCUGGGACAAGAUGGAUGGCUUUGUUCCAGCUCACUUCCUGGGAUGGUAUAUCAAGACGCUGAUGAUUCGGGAUUGGUGGAUGUGUAUGAUAAUCAGCGUCAUGUUUGAGUUCCUGGAAUACAGCCUGGAACACCAGUUACCUAACUUCUCCGAGUGCUGGUGGGACCAUUGGAUCAUGGAUGUGUUGGUUUGUAACGGUCUGGGGAUCUACUGUGGCAUGCAGACGCUGGCCUGGUUGUCAAUGAAGCCUUACCAGUGGCAGGGCCUGUGGAACAUUCCUACAUACAAGGGGAAGAUAAAGCGAAUAGCCUUCCAGUUUACACCGUACAGUUGGGUGAAGUUUGAGUGGAAGCCUGCCUCCAACCUUCGUCGCUGGCUCGCUGUGUUAGGCAUCAUCUUCAUGUUUCUGCUGGCGGAGCUGAACACCUUCUACCUGAAGUUUGUGUUGUGGAUGCCCCCUGAACACUACCUGGUGCUGCUCCGCCUAGUCUUUUUUGUAAAUGUUGGAGGUGUAGCCAUGAGGGAGAUCUACGAUUUCAUGGAUGACCCGAAAUUCCAUAAGAAGCUUGGCCAGCAGGCGUGGCUGGUGGCGGCGAUCACAGUGACAGAGUUCCUCAUAGUGGUCAAGUAUGACCCCAACACCAUCAUGCUGCCCAUUCCCUUCUUCAUUAUGCAGUGCUGGUUUUUAGGAAUCCUGCUGAUCUUCACCUGGACCCUGUGGCGGUUCUUCAUUCGUGACAUCACACUCCGCUACAAAGAGACCCGUCGACGCAAACAGGAAGUCCCUGCUGACUGGGACCGCCCCCUGGGCAACGGCAGCUCAGCCACUCCAUCCGGACGGAGCAAACUGAACGGCAGCUCGGAGACGCUCCGGCAGAGGAAGUCCUGAGAGGGAACACAGUGGCUGAAGGGGGAAAGGACGAGGUUUAAUGGGGAAAAGAAUGAAGGAAAAUCGUGAUACGAAGACACGUGUAGAGGCAAAAAGAUUACAGAUGGACACAUCUACAGUGUGUGCAGUUUAGACUGUUCUUGUGCCUACAUGAACCAAGUAGUUAUUAUUCACAGACAAGGGGUGGAAGGGGCCAUUUUCAUUGAUUGCAUUGUCUAGUUGUUAUCAUACUACAGGGAUUUACCUCAAUUUUUUUUAAAGAACAUUUUGGGAAUUAUACACAGGAGAAGAUACAUUUUGUGUUAUUUAUAUUUUGCUUUGGAUGUUGGGUGAUGAGGGGAAAAUGAUGAAUCAGAGGGUAGCGGAGAGAGGGAUGGUAGGUGACUGGGGAAGCAGAUAAGACUCUUGACCAAAUAUUAAAAGCAGUUUCCAUUUUCUUGUCCUCUAAGAAGUAGUGCAGCUAAGUGUCAGGAACAUGGCAGCCACUGUAAAUAUGCUUUAUUCUUUGUUGUGCAGUCACAUCAGUGCAGAUGAGAAAAUGGAGGGUGCUUGAAGCAGUGGCAAGAGUUUCUGUAGGUGUGAUGUGAUUCUGUUUAUUGUCCACUACUAUGCAAUCUUCAAAAUCAAUCUGGGACAUUGGUUGGGUUGCUUGUGUAACAAUAACACAUUUCUGUUCGGGUUCAGGUUAAAGAACAGUCGUUAGGCCUCAAGUUUCGACAGUUCAGAGUGCUCUCAUGUUUGGUUUGGUCCCAGGUUCAUGAUACAUAGUUUACAAGUGGGAGACAAUAUCAGCACUUCAUUCACAGUUUAGGGUUUUCAUUCCAGGAAGCACUGAGUUUUGAGGUCCUUGUCACUGCUGGGGAUCCUCGCUCAGUCGAACCCAGAGAGGAAAACUGGCCAUAGCCGGUCUCUCCUCUCUGGCUUUGUUCUUGAAAAGAACAACGAGUUUGUAAAGAAAAAAAUCAAGAUGUACCAUAUUCUAGGUAUUUAAUUGCUGAUAGUAUACUACAUAUAUGGGAUAGUUUGGGUGUCUUUUUGUAUAUGUUUUGUUUUCACUAUCGUUAUUUCUUUAAGGUAAAUAAAUUAUGAACACUAGGUUGUCCUCAAUUUCCUUUGUGUGAAAUGAGGAACUGAGAAAUCUGCAGCACUCUAAUGAACACAUCCAUGACAAUCACACUCAUAGAAAGCUGUGCUUCCUUCUGAUGGAGACAUGUUGGCUGAUGUUAAACGAAGGGCACAAAUUUGGAUGUUUCAACAGGACUGUAAAUACGGCCGGGCUCAUUCAGCUCCUUCAGUCACAUCAGAAUGUGAAUUCACUAAUCCCAUUUAUGCCAAAUGUUUUCUUUUUAAACUUGAAUUUUGUUAAACGUUCAUGUUAUGUGCUGGCUGAAUAAGCUGAACUAGUCUUAUCUUCAAAGGUGAGAGAUACGGUUUAGGUUCAGUUGUGGUUUGGUUUGGGAAAGGAACCAAACUUUCCAGCUGUGUGGAGGUUACCAUAUUGCACAUGCAAUCAGCCAAAGCUUAGAUCUCAUUCUUUCUAAAGCCAUAAAUGCCACCCAGACCCACGCAGCCGCCCAAACAGCUGUUAAAUCUCAUUUAGACUUUUUUUUUUUUUUUUCAUUUCAGCUAAAGCAAUCAGAGAUUCAAAGCCAAUGGUGUCAGCAUACUUUGUAUUACUAGAAGAAAAAGCCACCAGAAAGUCAGAUUUUUUAAACCAAAUUUAGGUAAUGAUUGUAUGUCAAAAAUGGACCCCAACUCCUUGGAUUUAGCUAUAAAAUUGAAUGUUUUACACUCUAAAUAUGUGAAUGGUUUGUUGCUUUUGAUUGGUCAGCUAUGAAGUUGUUAAAUGUUCUAAACUUCUCAUAAUGACACAAAUUAUUGGCUUCACAUUGACAAAAAAACCAAAACACAUUAAUUCCUUGUUUGGAUGUCCACAUUGUAAUUCAUCAUCCAGAUGUCCCCCCCCCCC